AUGUCCCAGAUGCAGCUGUUGAGGCUGUUCAUCGGCGAGCGGCUCAGCGCGGCCGCGGAGGAGAUCUUCUCCGCGGUGCAGAGGACGAUAACUGAGCGCGAGGAAGAAGCUGCUGGCCGUCAUGGACCUAAACAAGAAGUGCAUGGACACAAUGACGACACCCCACAGGUCUGUGCACAUGAGCAGAAACACUUUGAGUGCGAGUGGAGUCCCGCGAGCUGCCACAACAACCCCAGUGUGGACCAGGAUGACUUUGGCCUGCUGGUCCCAGAGCCUUCAGCGAUCAAACAGGAACAGCCGUGGAGCAGCCCGGAUAUGGAGGACUCGGAUGUCGACACUGUGAAAGUGACGCCCACCGACAUGACAAGUUGCAUUUACUCAGAUAUGACUGAGUUACAGACUCCUGACACUGGAAAUGAAGACAGAAAGCCUGUAUUGGUUGAGGAACGUGCUCAGUCAAGCAGUGGAUAUUGGACUCUUUUGCCAGAUUUAUCUGUGACUCUGAAUAACAUGGGGCCUGAGUCGGAUCGAGCAACGCUGACAAACUACAGUAUCGAUAAAGAACCCACACAGAGCCCCACAGGGAGAAAGCAGCUGACUAAAAGUUGCAAACCAAACAGUCCAACUCCACCAAAUAAAGAGACAAUGAGCAGAAGCAGACCCUACUGCUGUCGUUUCUGUGGCGAAGAAUUCAGCCACAACUCACAUCUGGUCACACACACACAAAUCCACACCAAUGAUAAACUGUUCACCUGUGAGGUGUGUGGUAAAGAGUUUCGACAUGGAAACAGUGUGACAGUGCAUAUGAGGAUUCACACGGAGGAGAAACCAUACUGUUGCAGGAUUUGUGGGAAAGAGUUCCGCCAUGUGGGCAAUUUGAACGUACAUAUGAGAAUCCAUACAGGAGAGAAACCUUACACGUGCAUAGUGUGCGGGAAGAAGUUCAGUCGAAAUAAUUUGAUGACGAAACACAUGGCUGUACACACGGAGGAAAUGAAUUUGAACACGAAGAGUGUGUUAAGAAGCGGGUUGGUCAGCAUGGCUUCAUGAGAGUUAGGCACGGAGGGAAUAUCCAGUUUUCUGUGGGACAAAAGGGCAAAUUUGUUCUUGGGAAAAUACACGAUGGGUCAAAAUUAAAGGCUGUGAUUCAUUUGGGUACAUUUUUCUUGUCGUAGAUUAGUUACUGUAUACAUUGAUAAUCUAGAAUCCUGGUUACUUACUAGUUUACAAAGCUGAGUAUCGAGAUGUAACCGCUCAGACCUUGUUAAUAAACUUUUAUCAGGAUUUAAA